AUGUCCGCAGCACGGUGGGCUCUGCGUCUACCUCGAGCUCGAUUGCUUUCAGCCCCACGCCCCGCUCAACGACGAUUCCUACGAUCCAAACCGCGAAUAAUCCCUCGGGCAAGCAGUUCCAACCCCAGCAAAGGAAUCGAGAGCAACGAGAUCGACAACAGACGGAUUGAAGUUCCCAAACACGAAGAGACAAGUCCCUCAACAGAAGCAGCCCCCUCAACUCAAUCAAAUGAACCAGCAACACCCCCGUCAAAUGGCAACGCCGCCCUCUCUGCCGCUCUCGCCUCCUCCCCAUCUUCCGACCUCAUCAGCGAAGUUCACAUCCCGCAUGAUCCUCACUCAGUCCUCCCAUCAGAGCAUCCAGCCUUGAGCCUCCUUGCCAAUUCCUCGUUGAUCAUUCAACGUCAGAUGGAAAUGAUGAACCUGCUCAUCGGUUUUGAGCAAGCAAAUCGCUACAUCAUCAUGGACCCUCACGGUGCUACGUUGGGCUACAUUGCAGAGCAAGAUCAUGGGAUUGGUAGGAGCCUUGUGAGGCAACUUGCUCGGACACAUCGGAGUUUCACAACGCAUAUCUUUGAUAAAGAAGGACGGGAGGUGUUGAGAAUACACAGACCUUUUGCGUGGAUAAGCAGUCGCAUAAGAAUCUACGAUUGCGUGCCUGAAGGAGGAUACAAGGAGAGCGAAGAGACGGGAUUGCAAACACAGCAAGUCGAAGGAGUACCAGUCUCGAGAACAAGUCCACUGAAGUUGGAGGAAAUGAGGAUCAUUGGUGAAGCACAGCAACAAUGGGCUCCCUUGAGAAGGAAGUACAAUCUCUUCACCUUCCGCGAGGAGAUCACCACAGCAGAGGUUCCUCCUACAGAAACUACCACUCCUGACUCCGCAAUCGAAUCCGGAAUGGCACAAUUCGCCUCCAUCAACGAACCUUUUCUCUCCUGGGAUUUCACUCUGCGUAACGAUUCCUCUGCCCCUGUGGGGAGCGUCAAUCGCAACUUCUCCGGGUUCGCAAGGGAGAUUUUCACAGACACCGGAGUCUACGCCCUGAGAAUGGAUUCCGCAGCGCAAACCACCGCUCUCGAGUCCGCAGAUGGCAAAGAACUAGAACGCCAUGAAAGAGAUGGAACCGCAAUGACCCUAGAUCAGCGAGCCGUAAUGCUCGCAACAGCAAUCUCCAUAGACUUUGACUACUUCUCCCGGCAUUCGGGCCAAGGAGGAGGAAUGGGUAUGAUGCCAUUUAUGUGGCCUAUGGGAGGUGGAGCAGCCGAAGGAGGCGCAGUUGGUGGUGCAGUUGGAGGCGCUGCUGGCGAAGCAGGUGCUAUAGAAGGUGCGGCUGGCGCUGCCGGUGCUGCCGGAAGAGGGAUUGCAGGAAGUGCAGGAAGUGAAGGCGCCGUUGCGGGGAUGGGAACCAUGGCUGGUUAUGAGGCUAUGCAGAGGGGUGCUGGCGGUCAAGCUCAAUCGCAGGCUCCAGUGGAUGAUGCGAGUCCGACUGCGGGAGGGAAUGAUCCCUUUGAUGCAGGAGGAGCGGAUGGAGGCGUUGGAGGCGGGAGUGAGGAUUUAUGGGGUGAGAGUGGAGAUCCUUGGGGUCAAAGUCAAGAUCCCUGGGGUGGUCAGGGAGGUGGUGGUGGUGGAGAGCCGCCUGCUUCUGGUGGUGGUGAUGCGGGUGGUGGCGAGGGAGGAGGAUGGCUGGAUACCAUAAGUGACUUCUUUGGGGAUUGA